GUGGAAUUUUGGAAUGUUUCUUUUUCUGGAACUUUUUUCUUGGAAUUUGGACAAAUUUUUGUAGGCAGGUGCAGUGCAGGUAGAUUGAUUAGUUUAGUCGAGUUAACUUCAAGCUUUUGUCCAGGUUGUUUCUCUUUUGACUUGACAAACUGAAAAAUUAUUAUCAAAGCCCAAAGUUAUGAGAUUUAAUUGAUUUGAUUGAGUUUUGUCCUUUUUUAUUGGAAGCAAGCAGUUUAAAUUCCCUAUUUUGAGAUAAGAUGGUAUUUAAUAGAAGGCCCCGAAAUGAAAAACAAGAACGAUUGUUUAAACAAUGGAAACAGGACGUUCUCAGUGUCCUAGUUGCUAGCAAGACUGGAAUUGAUACUCGGAAACUUCAAGCCGAUCUGGAAGAGAAUGUUGGAAAAGUUCCAAUUGAAGAAAUGGGGUACGACAGGUGGGGAGAAUUUUUGUACGAGAUUCGGGAUUUGUUCUUCGUUGGACAUAAUUAUGGCGAAAAUCCAUCAAACCCACGAACCAGAUUGUUUCUUUUUCUCAAUACCAAUGCGGUGCAUGGUGCGAAUGAGAGUUUGUCCGGUAUCCUUAGCCUUGUCCGCGGCCAGGCGAAAGGGAAGACGCCCAAACGAAGGGAUGGGACUACCAACGCGCCUACCAUGCACCAAGUAUCGCGUUGUGAGGCUAAAUAUCUUCUUGGCAAAACUGAGGCACCACAGAUUACUCCGGCUCCAGGUCGUGGGGGGAGCAGGGGAUACCGUGGAAAAUCUGGUGGCGGUGGCCGUGGUGGAGGUGGGUUUCGGUCUUCAAAUUCCUUUGGUUCGAAUUCCAAAAAUAGUUACAACCGGGUUGCACCUCCUCAAUCAUAUAAAUCGUAUAAUGGAAAUGGAAACUCUUUACGGGACGACUAUAAGGAUGUGAGUUCAGAGACCAUGCUUCGACGCUACGCGAACGUUUUGCCAUCUGGAUUUGAUGACGAUGGUGAUUCGGAUGAUUUGGACGACGUUUUCGACUACUGUGGAGGAACAUCGAGGAUUCGACCGAAACCAAUCCCUGAAUCCGAGUGGAGUGGUACGGAAGGAAGUGGAAGCGAUUGUGUGGAUAAUUUAUGUCGUCCCCUUUCUCAGCUUGCUGUUAGUAAAUGUGACGAUGCUGUUGCAAAACCAAAGCCUUUGAUGACGGCUUUGCCCACUAUCUCCUCCUCCAAGCCUAAUAUGCAAUCUUCAUUGCAAAGUCAGACCAGAGCUCCUGUUCAAACAAAUAAACCUCCGGUUUUCACCAGACCUAUUAUUCAACCAGCACCAAAACCAUAUACGCCGUCAAGCAGCAGACCAAAAUUUAAGUUCCAACUACCAACUCCUGAAGAAAAGACUCCUGAAGUGCCCGCUGAAGAAACUUUGCUAGACGUCCCCUCUUCGAAAAUUCAGCCAGUCACGCUUCCUCCUAAAGUUCAACCAGUACCCCAAGUUGCACCCCGUCUGAAACUUCAACCUAGUGCUGCAUUCUUGUCCCCUCCAAAAGUUCAUAUCCCUGUCGUCCCGGUAGCCCUUCCAAAAGCUUAUCCUCCAGACCUUGAAUCGCCUCCUCAUACAUUCUCAUCGCUUCCACAAUUAAUUUGCAACAUGCCCUCAGAAAUGCAAAAUCACUUUGGCAGUCGUGUCACUGGACAAUCUUCUUCCCGUUCUUCUUCUUCGGAUGAAGAUUAUGAAAUUUCGAUGGAGCUGCAUCGUCCCGUUCCCGUUCCUUGCCGUCUACAAAACCAUAAAACUCAGGAACAAAAUGACAAACCUACGACAACGGCUCCUCGACGAAACAUUUCCAUUUCCAAUUUGUGUAAUGACGACGACAAGGAUAAAGCUGUCUACUACCAACCCAAGCUUGACACCAAUACGAUGAAAUUGUGGAAACCAGAAGGUGCUAUUUUGAAAACUCGCAAUCCAUUCGAUUGGCCUUCAACUAACUCAAAGCCUAAACUAGACGAGAAGAAAAUAGAAGAACCCGAUCGUGUCCUUCGUAUCAAUUUAGACAACAUGGGACCAAGUGCCUUCAAGGGCUCAAGGGGUUGGGAUUCACCAGUCCUUCGAAUUAAUUUGGACCCUAAUGCGGCUGAUGUGCAGCCCACGAUUGGACGACGUCCUGUUGGGCGUGGCCGUGGUCGUGCGUGGGAUCGUCGUCGAUCAAGCGAUUCUUCGGAUGAUGAUGAUAAUGUGGAGUUUGAGCCGCCAAGAGUGUACGAACCAGUGACCCAAGUACGACGCCUAAACUUGGAGGACAUGGAUUAAAUAAUAAAUUAUUGAAGGUUUCCUUUGUAAGCAUGAUUUGAGUUUUCCAAUAUAUACGUAGUAUUUUUAAAUCUUUGAAAUUUGUUAAUGUAACCGGUUGACUCGUAAUGAAUUAGUUAGUAUUAAUUAGCUAGACAAAAAAAAUCGUACUUAACGUAAUCAAGUUAUCUUAAACUAUGUUAGCUGUAGUCAAUUGUGCUCUGAACAACAGACAUAUAUGUUACUCAACAUUAUUAAUUAUCUUCCCAUACAUGUAAUUUAUCAACUAAUUACUCAUUAUGUCCUUGAUCUAUCAUUUGUAAUAGCAGUGUUAAGGUUAUUACAUAUAUAUUAUUAUUCAGCUAUUAUUAAUCAACUAUUACAUACGAGACUACAUUUUAAUUUAGUUUCAUAAUCUAUCCGGUCUUUUAAUUCGAAUGUUUGCGCUUGUUUCGUAUUUUGGAUAAACUUUACAGUUUAGACACGUUUAAUCAA